AUGACCGGAGUAAUCGCACCGAAUAACGUCGUCCAGUUCCGCGCCGUGCCAUACGCAACAUUACCGGGCCGCUUCCAGCAUUCCGCCCUGCUCGAGGAUCUGUCAAGUACGAAUCGGGACUUCACGAAGCCAGGUUUCGCAUGUCCACAGACCUGGGCUCCAGAUGCAUUCGUCGGAGGUCUUCUCCCAGGCGAACCCAUACCCGAGGCCGAUGAAUUCAAAAGCCUGAUUAUCCAGGUCAACGUCCCCUUGGAGGUGCUUCGAUCUUACUCCUCGGGAACACCGUCAUCGAAGAUCCCCGUCAUGCUGUAUCUGCACGGCGGCGGCUUUGUCCUAGGUAAGAUCGACGGCGCCCACAACACUGCCUUCAUGGUCGAGCAGUCUAUCGCGGACAAGACGCCUGUGAUCGGAGCAAGUUUCCAGUACCGACUCGGCGCGCUGGGAUUCCUCAAGACGCCGCAGGGAGAUACGAAUUUCGGCCUGUAUGAUCAGCGGAACGCGCUCCUCUGGGUGCAGAAAUUCAUCGGCGGAUUUGGAGGAGACGCCGCAAGGACGACUGUGUUCGGGGAGUCGGCGGGCUCGAUGUCGAUUUGUGCACAUAUGCUUGCUGCUCCUCCGCCUUCGGGCCCGCUGUUCCAGAGGGCCAUUCUGAUGUCUGGGGUCGUCGGUCCGAUGACUGCGCCUGUGCCGUUUGAAGAAGCGGAUGAGCUGUUUGAUCUGCUUUUGAAGACUUUGGGUAUCCAAGAGACAGGGCAGGCAGGUCUAGAUAAGGCCAGAGAGGUUGAUGUGCAGGCCAUUGUUAAUGCAACUGCGCACCUCUCGGGCGUAGGGCAGAUAUUUUUCCCAACUCAUGACGAGGCUUGGUUUGGAAAGACACCCGUGGCUUGGGAUCGAGGCCUGGAGUUGCUUGAGCAGUGCGAAUGGGUGAACGACAUCGUGCUGGGAUCGACGGGAUUUGAGGGCCAAUCAUCCUUUGGAAUCGCGGCGGGCGUGCAACCCAACCAUUUCAUCAAAGCUUUGGAAGAGAAAAUUGGCAAAGAAAACGCCAACAUUGUCUUCGAGGCGUACAACAUCGUACCCGACAUGGAUCCAAUCCUCUUCCUUACCCCCGCGAUGCGGUGGCUGGGCGAUACUCUGUUCGAUGCACCAAACCAUAAUCUCGCCCGACUAGCCAGCAGAAAUCCUGCUAAGAAAUUAUAUCGCUACGUCUUUGACGUGAGAAAUCCUUUCCCAGGCCACGGACUAUAUCAACAAGCGCACCACUGGGUCGACGUCUACUUCGUCUUCCGAUCCUUCCUGUUCAGGUACCCGACACAGAGGCUGAAGAAUAUCUCCAACCGCCACGCUCAGCUGUGGAUCGAAUUCGCGAACGGGAAAGAGCCCUGGACGCAAUACAAGUACAAUGGUAACACGGAUGAGGUGAUUAUGGUCGCUGACGAGCGGGAUGAAUGGUCGGAGAAGACAGUGAAGGCAUAUGAGGCGGUCGCCGAAGUUAGGUUUGAGCGAUUGGAGGCGUUGACGGAUAGUUGGAAGGAUGAGAGAGGGAAGAGGUUCUUGCCGUUCAGGAUCGAGCCGUUGUCAUCGAAGAAAUUGACAUGA